AUCAGAUUCUCUCCCUCUCCCCGAAAGCUUCUCCAGAUUCUUAGGGUUAAAGAGAUCAUCAAAUCCAUGGCUUCCCUAGACUCCGACGUCACCAUGGUUCCGGCUGGAGAAUCCUCAAGCAGCGCCGCCGCCCCUUCCUCCUCCUCCACCAAGAAGGCGAAGAGGUUCGAAGUUAAGAAGUGGAGUGCCGUCGCUCUCUGGGCUUGGGAUAUCGUUGUUGAUAAUUGCGCCAUAUGCAGAAACCACAUCAUGGAUCUCUGUAUUGAGUGUCAGGCUAAUCAGGCCAGUGCUACGAGUGAGGAAUGCACUGUUGCUUGGGGGGUUUGCAACCAUGCCUUUCACUUUCACUGCAUUAGCAGAUGGCUAAAGACUCGUCAAGUUUGUCCAUUGGAUAACAGUGAGUGGGAGUUCCAGAAGUAUGGUCACUAAACCAACUAAUCGUACCCAGCAAAUAUGUGUCUAACCCGAAGAUAUCAGUGUCGUUUGGUUGCCGCAUAUGAGAUGCUGAUAUUGCUCAAAUUUCUUUGUUUUUUAAUUUGGUUUGCCUCAAGUUGUGAAAACAGAGAUUUUACUCUUCACUGAACCUAUUUUGGAUUUUUGCUUUGGGCGAUGUCUUUAAUUUCAAGAAAAUAUAUAGUUCCUGCGGAGAGUUUUUUUAGUAGAAAAUCA